UCGUUUCUGCUGAGUAGAAAUAAUUAAUGCCGUCCAUGUAUUAAAUUGUGAUGGGAAGUGAUAAGAUCAGAGAACAGUGGUCAUCAGAUUCUCACACAACUGCUGUUCUUCUCUGCUGAGCCUUAGUCAACCCUGAAAAUGGCACCUCGGCGAGCCAUCUAAUCUCCUCUCUUCUUCUUCCUCCGACGAUUGAUUCAAACCCUGUUGCCCUGCCGUCGCUCAUGGGUAGUAGCGAGGACCCCAACAAACCCAUUUCCCUCCAUGACUCCUCCUCCUCCUCCUCGCCUUCUCAUUCGCAGCCUCUCCUCUCCAAACCAUCUUUCCCUUCUCCGAUCGAUGAACCGCCCCGCAGCGAAUCCGACCCGACCCAGUAUCUCCAAAUCUGUUACAACCACGGUCCUCGCUCCUUCAAGGACAUCCCUUUCUUAAUCCUCUUCCUUCUCCUCGUUCUCUGCACCUUUGGUUUCGGCAUCUUCGCCAUCUUUCAUAGGAAUUCCAACUAUUCCACUGUCUCUUCUUACACUUACAAUUACAAUUCUUCCUCCUGCGUUAAGGAUGCCCUGUCGUCUGCAAAUUGGGAUUUGUUUAAUUCUUCGUCUUCUCAUGUUCCGGAAGAUUUGAUAUGGACCCUCGUUGCUACCCUGAUCCUGAGCGUGCCCAUAUGCUUCGGUCUUCUUUUGUUGCUGAAGUAUUACACCAAACAGAUUGUGUAUGUUUCCCUCCCAUUCUUCAUCACUGUCCCGAUUUUUUUGAAUGUGUAUUGGUUCGUUGCUUGCACUGUCAGCUCCACUUGCAGCGAUGUUCCCCUGGCAUAUAGAAUUUUAGUCCUCGUGUUCGUCUUCUUAAUUAUUGGGGUGAUUGUGUGGAUCUUCGUGGUCAAUUGGCAUCGGAUUGAGCUCACUGUAAGAAUUAUUGGGGUUGCUUCCGACGCGCUUUCGAGGAAUUUGGGUUUGUUUGUGGCACUGCCCUGUUUGACUCUUGGAUUGGCUAUCUAUUAUGCUCCGGUUGUCGUGUUUUUGAUAUUUGCGAGAUUCAAUGGUGAUAUUGUGGCCAAAGAAUCGAGUGGUAAAUAUACUUGCGUUUGGAAGCAGGAUAGCUGGGUGCCCGCUUAUUUUGCGUUGGCAAUUCUCACGAUGUUGUGGUCCGCAACAAUUAUGGUUGAAGCACAGGUUUAUGUGAUCAGUGGCACAAUCGCACAGUGGUAUUUCUCCAAGGAGGAUGGAGCUCCAAGAAAGAGUAUAAGAAGUUCUCUAAGAAAUGCAUUUGGUCCUUCAUCUGGCACCAUAUGUUUGUCAGGUUUGCUUAUCUGUAUUGUCCGAAUGGUGCGAGCUGCUGUUGAUAGUGCAAGACAUGAAGAUGCAGUUGGGAUAGUGAACCUUGUAUUACGAUGUUGUGUAAAUGCCUUGCUGACUGCAGUAGAUUUUCUUAACAAGUUUACCAUCAACUUUGCUGCAAUAACUGGUGAAGCAUACUGCUCAUCUGCAAGGAUGACAUAUGAGCUUCUGAGACGUAAUCUUCUCUCAGCUGUUUUUGUGGAGACCAUCUCAUCCCGUCUCUUGGUUGGAAUUGUCUUUGUCCUCUCAGCAAUAUACACGAUUGUGGUCUGUGCAAUCUUAAAAGCUGUGACCGAUCUUGGGGUUUAUUCAUAUGUUGUGGCUGCGCUGGCUUGGCUGCUACUGAUACUAGUUCUGGGUUUCUUCGUGCAUGUACUAGACAACGUGAUUGAAGCAGUUUAUGUGUGCUAUGCCGUAGACAGGGACAAAGGAGAGGUUUGUAAACAAGAGGUUCAUGAGGUGUAUGUUCACCUCCCUAUUAGUAGAAGUCAAAGACAGUCUCUGCCUUCAAGAACUAUUGGCGUGUAAAUUGAUCCUCGGGUUUUACAAUUGCUUGUCUGCCUAUUGUGCAUACACCUGAGUCUUGAGUCUUUCUUAUUCCAUUCUCUGAUUUGAUAACUUGUUAUGCACAGCAAGGCCGAAUUUCGAGUUAAUUUGGUAGUUGGCUCUGAUUGUCAGUGUAGCCUGGACGCUGUAUUAUGGGGUGAGUUAGAAGUUUAGCCUUCGACAAAUUUUUGUCCAUUAUUUUUGGGACUUGCUUUAUGGCGCUUUUAUUCCCCAAAUUCCUCUUUUUUAAGGUGCUGUUCUUCUAGUGAUUGAACUGGGUACAAGUUACAUUAUUAUCUCUUUCUUUGA